GCGAGGGCGCCAGGAACCAGGCCGGGCCGGACUCUUCCAGAUGGCACCUGCAAUAUUUCCCAAAGAUAACUAGCGGCACCUCUUCCCUUACCGACAAACGCAAUUAUCAGUCUGUUACGGCACGACACGGUGAAGCGUCGGGGCAUUAACAGAUUUGCGGCUUUAUCGGUUACGGCUCUGAGGAACGCCACCAUCCUCCCCGUUUAUCCCCAAAACCCGAAUUCCACCGGCAGACUCGCCUCUUGACGAGGCAAGACGGAACGCCCGGCGAGAAUCCCUCGGGUCACAGAGACAAACCGUCUUGAAAUCAAUGAACGAUGAACAACCGGUGUGAGACAAGGACACAUAAAUGACUGAAAGAAGGACAGGGGAGCCUCUUGACGGGAGGAGAGGUUCCCUCGGAGUUGCUUACAGAUGUAGGCUGUCCCCCGUGACACUGGGCAGCGGUUGGCGUCGGUCUGAUGGAUGGCAGCUGACAGCAUCCGCCAUGGACCCUGUGCUCUGCAUUCACGUUGCGGGCCGGGCUCUCUCGGGUCACUGCGAGGAGGACGGCUCCACCUAUGAGACGAGAAGCCCCAGACCCACGACGGAAGGUGACUGCGGAGGUGAACGGGAACGAGGCCGGCUGGCGGCCCCAGCCCUGCACGCCAAACCCCGCCACCGUACCCCGCAUUUACCGGCACACCGCUGCUGCCACACCCCCAAGCCCAGCCCCUCUGGUUCUCACCAGCUAUUCCAGCCAAUCAAAGAAGACUCCUGUGAGGAAGAGCUUAACCCUUUACUGCCCUGGCAGAAAGUACUGGAACAUCUGAGUCGGUGUGGCCAUAUCCAGAAUCGGGUUCUGCCCCGAGGCUACCAGCACGACCUCACCCCCUACCCGUCCAUUUUUAGCUGCUAUAUUCUGCUGUGCCACAUGACAUGUUAUUUACAUACUGCACUGUGCAGAAGUCUCUCCUAAAUCCACCUCAUUACUUGCAGCAACAAUCCAAUACAUCCAUGUAAUAUUUCAAACUCGACCACUACAUACCAUGCGCGGCUAAUCAAUACCUCAGUGAAUUAUUUAAGUAAUAAAAUAGAUAAAUAGCAUUAAACAUGUUUUUGCUGCCUCCCUCCCAAUGGUCCUGGGGGAAUGUGUCACUGUAUACCUA